GUGUGCUCUGCCUGGCUGCUGGAGUAAUGGUCGUCCAUCUAUUGGAUUAGAGCAGGGAUUUCUCUCUGGUAUUAAUCUGUGAAGACAGCAGGCGAACCAGGCUGGUCUCACUCUGAGCUGUUGUGUCUCUGAGCGCUCUGGCUGUCUGUCAGCAGCCUAUUUGUGCUCCAUCUGACUCCCUGAAACACACAGGACACCUCUUAGCCAGCAUGAACCUUUUCUGCUUCUCACUGGAAGGGUCGAUGGACAGUUUGUAUGAGGCGGUGCAGAGCUCCAGUGACGGCCCACCGCCACCCAUCCCGAGCCGUUCAUCCAGCCGCUCUUGCAGUCGUUCCUGCAGCCCGGCGGUCCUGCUGGACGAUCACACAAAAUGGAGAGGGUCUGGAAGGUCCAUAUCCAUGGAGAUGCCGCAGACACAUGGGACCAAUGCAAAUAAAAAGAAGCGAAGAACACAUUUAUCCAAAUCGCUGUCCGAUAACGAAACACUGGAUAACCCUUGCUGUAAUACCGCCGUGUGGCAGCCCGCCAAGAGCCGAGAAGAUUUAGCUCACACCACCAACAAUCGCAGUGAAGAUGUGAGGAAGAUGAAGCACAGAAUAGAAAAAAAGGGAGGGAAAGGAACACAUCACUCAAGCACCAAGAAAAAAGAGAAGCCUCAUAACAACCAGAAUAUCCAAACAAAUGGAGUGAUGACAGAGUCCAAACCUGCCGCCAAAAGAAACCAAAAAACUGGGAAGAAAUCAGGUGGAAGAAGUGGAAAGGAAGGCUAUAAGAAAAGUCACAGCAGCAGGGUGUGCUCUCCAACAAGCACAUUAAGCCCACCCUUGGGACCUCAUGAUGCUGAUGUGACAUACAUAUCCAAGUCAGACAGGAGGAUGUACCUUGGCAAAUGCUCCACCCUUCCUGCACAGGAAAACACAACCCCAGGUCGCUGCACGGACAUGGUUAAUCUCCCUGGUGGAGCUACACCUACCCACCACCAGCGCUGGAGCAACCCAGGUGACUGCAGUCCUGCAUGGGGGACCAUCCAUCAUACCUGCCGUCGCCCGCUCACAGAGUAUCGUGUGCACUCCCAUGAGUUCAUGACAAUGUAUGGGAAGGAUUGGGAACAACGCCAGCAGCCAGCAUCAACCCAGGAUGGCAGCCUGAAAAGAGUUGGAAGUCCCCAGCUUCUCUCAACAGUUCCCCGAUCUGUCACCAGUGUGGAUCUAUCAGAGCCAAAUCGCUCCACGAGCUUCGGCAGGUUUGAGGGCCUCAGACACAACUCGCCACAUGCAAAAGCAGAGGAAAAUGGAACACAUAUGCUCAGAGAAGAAACUGAAAGUCCAGAUCCGAGCAAAUCAGCCGGACUCGGGAAGAAGAUGAAGGAGAUUUCACUCACCAUGAGAAGGAAAAUGGGCAAAAAGCAUGGAAAGUCUUUAUCGGAGGAGACAGGCGAUGACACAGACAAAGAUCCAGAGGCAGAGACAGAAAAUUGUCCCCCAGCUGAGAAAACCUCCACAAAGACCAGCAACUCUUUGGAGAGUCUUUACAGCGGACGGAGCUCCUCCAGUGGUGUGACCAGUGAGUCCAAUGGUUCUGGUCAGAGGGACAGUCUGAAGCUGGAGGAGGACGGUUCCUACCAGGGCCAGUUCUGUGGCCGGGCUCGGGUCCACACGGACUUCGUUCCCAGUCCGUACGACACGGACUCCCUGAAACUGAAAGUUGGUGACAUCAUCAACAUCAUCAGUAAGCCUCCAAUGGGCAUCUGGACCGGGAUGCUGAACAACAAAGUGGGCAACUUCAAGUUCAUCUAUGUGGAUGUUUUGGUGGAGAAAGAGGAUGAAGAGGAAGCGCCAAAGAUCAGGCAGCAGAAGCUGUGCAAAAGACCUCGACCCAAAACACUGCUGGAGUUACUGGAGAGGCUGAAGCUGGAGGAGUACGCCUCCGCCUUGCUGCUGAACGGCUACCAGACGGUGGAAGACCUGCAGCACCUGCAGGAGAAACACCUGAUUGAGCUGAACGUCAAGGACCCCGAGCACAGACGGAAGCUUCUCACUGCAGCGGAGCUCAGAUACAUAGAAGGUGAUGAUGUCUGUGACACAGGGGAGCACAGAUCCUCCCACAGCCAGCAGGAAGAAGACAGCGACUGUCCCAGAGACUCGGGCUGCUUCAUCCCUUCUGAGUGUUCAGACAUUAAGGAAGACACUGAGCAGGCCACAGCGGAGGUGGAUGCCUAAAGUGCUCACGGAUGUCAUUUAGAAGUAAAAGUUGCAUAGUUUUGGGGAAAUGGUAUACUAAUAAUGAGCUUAAAGACUGAUCCUUUAAUCUUCUCUGAAUGCCAUGUUUACCUUCCCCAUUCCAGCCUGAUUUCUCUACAGUCAGAGUUUUAUUACAGUGUGAUACAUGAAAGGAUAUCAGCCAGCCAGCACUCUUAAUGUCACCUCAUCCUGUUGUUGCUUUAUUAGUGUAAAAGCCAUAAGUUUUUGUUUGUAGACGGUUGGUGUUUUUAAUUGGUGUUGUUUUAUUGUCAGUUGUAUUUAUUGCAUUGAAUGAUUUUGUACAUGUUUAAACCUUUAUUUAUCACAGCUGCAUCAUUUUUUUUUCAUUGCCUAAUGUGUUCUGUUCACUUUGACCUUCACUUUAUUGUUUUUCAUGGCUGAAUUGAUGCUUGUGAAUGUGAAUAACAUAAACAAUGUGUUUAGCAACAAGUUCCAUGUUUUUUUACCUAAAUCUGAACGUGUGUGUCAGGAGGAGAGAACAAGAAAAAAAAAGAGUACAGCUGUACAUUGACAUCAAAACCAGUAUUAAUCUAUUUUUCUCAUCCUUUUGUAAAUAAAUGAAUAAAAGACUGUGAAAUACA